AUGACUGUCAAAGAUGGUGCUCGUUUUGACUUUGUCGUCGUUGGAGGUGGCACUGCAGGCAACACUGUUGCAAGCCGUCUUGCAGAGAACCCCAAUGCCACCGUUCUCGUUCUAGAGGCCGGGGUGGGUAAUCCUCAUGAGAUAGAUGAGAUUACCACUCCUGCAGAGGCGAUGGACCUCCGCAACAGUAAGUAUGACUGGGCCUACAAAACCACCAUGGUCAAGCGUGACGACUAUGAGCGCGUCGAAAAGCCCAACACGCGCGGUAAAGCCCUUGGUGGAAGCUCUUCACUUAACUACUUUACCUGGGUACCCGGAUGUAAGCCUACCUUCGAUAUGUGGGCCGAGUAUGGAGGUAAAGAGUGGACAUGGGAUCACCUUGUUCACUAUCUCCGAAAGAGUGCGACCUACCACGACGACGAAAAGAUAUACCCCGAAUACCUCAAGAAGAUCGGCCUAGGCGGUCCUAUUCCUAUCGCCCACUCAGAACUCAUCCCGGAGAUGCAACCAUUCCGUGAUCGGCUCACGAAAGCGUGGAAGUCGACGGGCCAGCCGAUGACUGAUAACGUCUUUGAUGGCGAGUUAAAUGGUUUGACCCAUAGUGUCAAUACUAUUUAUAAAGGCCAGCGUUCCGGAAGCUUCUUGGCCCUGCAAAACAAACCUAAUGUCACUAUUCUCGCUGAAGUUCACUCCAAAUGUCUCGUUAUCGAUGAAGCCGACCGGAUUUGCAAGGGAGUGACCGUUAUCACCGCGUCUGGUGAUGAACUGAGCUUCUACGCUACUCGAGAGGUGAUUAUCAGCGAGGGCGUAUUUGAGUCCCCUAAGCUGUUAAUGCUUAGCGGCAUCGGUCCAAAGGAAGAGUUGACCAAACAUGGUAUCCGCACGCUCGUAGACUCCCCCCACGUUGGCCAACAUUUACUCGACCACCCGGGAGUCCCAUUCGUGCUAAGAAUGAAAGAAGGAUACGGUAUGGAUGGCCACAUUCUUCGCAAGGGCCCACAACAUACAAAGGCUCUUGCAGCCUACAAGAAGAACCAUGGCGGGCCGAUGGGAUCUGGAUUCCUGGAGAUGGUCGGAUUCCCUCGCAUUGACAAGUAUCUAGAGAAAGAUUCAGACUACCGCAAAGCUAAAGCUGCAAAUGGCGGUGUCGAUCCCUUCUCUCCUCUUGGUCAACCACAUUUCGAGCUCGACUUUGUGUGCCUGUUCGGCAGUGCUUUUCAAUGGCACUACCCAACCCCUAAGACGGGCGAGUACAUGACCGUUAUGGUUGACCUUGUUCGUCCCGUCUCUGAUCCUGGCGAGGUGACGCUCAACAGCGCCGACCCGCUGCAGCAAGCGAACAUCAAUCUGAAUUAUUUCAACAAUGAUUUAGAUGUGAUUGCUAUCCGGGAGGGCAUCAGAUAUAGCUACGAUAUCCUAAAGCACGGAGAGGGCUUCAAAGAUAUCAUCGAGGACGAAUAUCCCUGGGAAAUGCCCCUGGACGAUGACGCGUUGAUGAAGAGAACCGUUCUGGAUCGCUCUCAGACUUCAUUCCAUCCCUGCGGUACAACCCGCCUGUCGAAGAGUAUCGACCAGGGAGUGGUGGAUCCGGGCCUCAAAGUGCACGGAAUCAAAAACUUGCGCGUGGCGGAUGCUUCUGUGAUCCCCGUCAUCCCCGACUGUCGAAUUCAAAACUCGGUUUACAUGUGUGCGGAGAAGGGAGCCGACAUGAUCAAGGCCGACCACCGGGAUCUUUAUGUACAUUGA